GUACGACUUGUCUAAAAAUAUGUUUUGAUUUAACACGUGUGUGAUGGUGUGUUAGGUAAAUAAGCGAAAUAUACAGUUUUCUAAGCAGAUUCUUACGCUUGGAUAAAUCUUUUCCUUUUGAAUGCAUAUGAAUCAGAAUGGAGAGCUCUGAAAAUAAAGAGAAGGAUGAUAGUACUGGGAUUAAGUCGAAAGAAAGCGUAAAACCCUCAAAAAAAGCUCAAAAACCAUGGCGAAAGAAGUUUUUUAAGGAGUUUGAUCGCAAAAAAACUGAAUUUCAAAAGAGAGCAAAAACAAGACAAGAAAAAAAGAUAUGUGAAACACAGGAAACAGAAUUGACUGAAAAAAGUGUUGAUAAUCAACCAGAAAAAGUGAAAAAGAAACUUAGAAAUAUAGUGCAGAAAAGUGGCCCUAAUAAAGAUCUGAAAAGGCUUCAGCAUGGACCAAAGCAAGACAGCAAAGCUAACAGAGAUGAGAGGAGAGAUCCAGAAAGUCCAAGUGAAUUUAGGAAGGACAGAUAUCCAGGAGAUGCACCUGUUCCAAAGAAGCUGAUGUCAAAAUACCAGAGAGGGAAAAAGUUACACACUAAAGGAGCACGGACACAUCAUGGACAUGUUAAACUGGUUCAGAACGAGAAGAAGGUGACAAUGGCGGUGAAACAGGCAGCUCGCUCCGAGCGUCUUCUCCAGGAACAGUCAGGAUUUAUGAUACCAGAGGAUGGAGAGAGUACAACCAACGUCACUCAGUCGGACAUCGUCCAGGCCGCAGACAUAACCACAGCUCAAAAGCACUUUAACCUUGAACUGACUCAGUUUGGGCCAUACAAGGCACAGUACACCAGAAAUGGAAAACAUUUAUUGAUAGCAGGGAGUAAAGGCCAUGUCGCGGCCUUGGAUUGGCUGACCAAGCGUCUGCUCUGUGAAAUUAAUGUCAUGGAGACAGUCAGAGACAUCAGGUGGUUGCACCAGGAGACAAUGUUUGCUGUGGCCCAGAAGCAGUGGACAUAUAUCUAUGACAACCAGGGCAUAGAGUUGCAUUGUCUGAAACAGCCCAACGAAGCACUCAGACUCGAGUUCCUACCCUAUCAUUUCCUGCUGGCCAGUUCUAAUGCGACCGGUUACCUAUACUGGUUAGACGUGUCGGUGGGUCAGAAAGUGGCGAGUCACAACACUGGACUAGGGCGUCUGGACGUCAUGUGUCAGAACCCCCAGAAUGCCAUCAUUUGCCUGGGACAUCCCACAGGAAGUGUUUCAAUGUGGUCUCCGAAUGUGAACGAACCGCUGGUCAAGAUGCUUUGUCAUGGGGCAGCGGUCAGAUCUGUAGCUGUUGACCCCACAGGAAAUUACAUGGCCACGUCUGGAGUGGACAGGAAGAUGAAGAUUUGGGAUAUCCGUAAAUUUGAGAUGGUGCACUCCUAUCAGAUUGGGUGUGGAGCAGGACACAUGGUGUUCAGUCAGACAGGUGCCCUGGGGCUGGGGAAGGGGAACAUUGUGGAGGUUUACCAAGACCCAUGUAGACAGCAGCUGACCUCACCAUAUAUGAUCCACAAACUGAGGACCACGGUCAACAACCUCCACUUCUGUCCCUAUGAGGAUGUCCUGGGGGUAGGGCAUGGGGACGGGUUCACCAGUCUCAUCAUUCCAGGUGCUGGAGAGGCGAACUUUGAUGCCAUGGAGUCUAACCCGUACCAGACGAAGAAACAGAGGAGGGAGGCCGAGGUCCAGAUGUUGUUGGACAAGAUCCCGGCGGAGAUGAUUCAUCUUGACUCGAAAAUGAUCGGCAAGGUGGACAUGAAGAGUUUCGUUGAGAGAGUGGAAGAAAACAACAAAAUACAUUUCAAAAAGCCAAUGUCAAUAUCGUACGAACCGAAACACAAAAUGAAAGGUAAGGGCAGUGGCAGAAAGAAGGAGCAGAGGAAGAGAGGCGUGAUAGAAGAAGGACGAAGACAGACAGUGAAGGAACUGGUCAAGGACAAGCUCCAAGAGGGCGCCCAGGGCAGGAAAGAGUCUUCCACAGCAGUCUCCAAGUCUAAAGGCGUCCUGGACAGGUUUAAGAAGACAGAAACAUGAUAGGAACCAACCUGUUUCACAGGGAUGUGUUUUAAAAGCCUGGAAUACAGCAGUUUGGAUUUCUAGCUCAACAUGUUUACAGAGAACACUCUACAUCAGUAGGUGUGGGCAUCAUCGUGACAAACGUUGUGUUACCUUGAUUUCGCCAUGUUUAUUGAUCAUGAGCUAACAGUGAAAAUAUCAACCCUCAUUUUACAUCAAUAAAAUGCCAAGAGGGCCAAUAAGAAAAUAGAAAAGGUCCUUGGAAGUGUGUUAUAAAUUUUGCUUUCCUUCAUUAUCAUCAUCAAAUGUGUCAUUAAAGGUUACACGAUCUGAGACGCACCCACCUUGGAUUUUUAUCAAUGAUUCAAAGAUUUAUGCUUGAUCAAAUGAUAAAAUAUAGGGAAAUAUAUUACAUUCAAACAUUUUAUUCCUAUAUAUAAGAGCAUUAUAUGGAUAAUUGUCCUUUAUAUAUAUGACAUCUUUUUCAUAGGAUUUAUUCGAAGGUAUAAAGAAUGUCAACAAAAAAUGAUUUAUUUUCAAAAAAUAUUUUAUUUUACAAAAACCAAGACCAUGUAACCCUUUUUGACAUUUGUAAAUACUAAGUAACUAUAUUUUGCAUAAUUUUUUUAUUUUAAACUCUUUAAUUAAUUUGAUGCCAAAAACAGUUACUAGUAUUUUUUCUCUGUAAAAGUACCCAAAAGAAAAUUUUCAACAAAAUAAUUUAGAGCUUUUAUCAAUCUAUAAUUGUGAAAUAAAGGAAAAAAAUUCAGAAAACAGAGCUUGGAUGUGAAAUAGAACACUAUUAUACUGAAAACGAAAAGUGAAUGCAAUGUUUCUUUUAUUGAAUAAACUAUUAAUUGAAACGA